AUGUUCCGCCGCGUAUGGUACCAUGUAUCAGGCUGGGGCGGCGGGCGCAGCGAGCACAGGUCGAGCAACGACGGCCUCGAUGCGCUGUACGGGUGGCACUCGGUGUCGGGGGCGCUGGCGGCGCGACGGCGUGAUCUGAGCCGCGCCAGGCUCUUGGUGCGCGACGGAACGAGUAAUGCAGAACAGGCGGUGAAGGCAGCAGCGUCGGCGGGUGUGCCUGUCGAGUCGGUCGGCGCAGGCGCGCUGGAGCGGGCGGCUGGCCCGGACGCGGUCCAUCAAGGCGUGGUGCUCCUCGCCGGGCAACUGCCGCUAAUCGAUGUCUCGCCCGAGGCCCGUGGCGAGCUUGUCCACUUGGCCUCUGCACUGCAAGCGCAUGCCAGCGGGCCCGUGGCCGCACUCGCACUUGAUCGGGUUGUCGACCCGCACAAUGUCGGCUCGCUCGUCCGCACUGCGGCCUUUCUCGGCGUCUCGGUCCUCCUGCUUCCAGACAAGGAGACUGCACCGCUCUCACCGGUGGUAUCGCACGUCUCAACCGGGGCACUCGAGUCGAUGGCAGUCUUCCGUCUCUCGGCCUUUGUGCGGACGCUGACGGUGCUACAGUCCGAUCACAGCGCCGAGCUGGUUGUCUCGACGCUGGCGGACGACUCGGUCGACGUCGCCACUCAUCACGCCGCCCCAGGCUCGAUUCUGGUCCUUGGCUCUGAAGCCAAAGGCGUGCGGGCGCCGCUUGCCUCUGCCGCCGCCGCUCGCGUCCGCAUCGUGCCACAGCCGGGCGCCCACGGCACCCAUGUCCAGUCGCUCAAUGUCGGCGUUGCCGGCGGUAUCCUCCUUCACACUCUCCAAAGUCUGUAG